AUGUGGAACCGUGGCCGAAUCGUGAGCCUAAUGCGAACGGUGUCUAAUGGCAGCUGCACCUGUCCUGCACAUUCGCGACCCGUCGCCGUCAACCAGAAUUCCCCAUCGGCUGCGAAUGAUACCGCGUUUGAGAUGUCCUCCUCGACGAUCCGUUACGGACCGGGGGUAACGCGCGAGCUAGGGCAUGAUUUGCAAAACCUGAACGCCAAACAUGUUUGCGUCGUAAGCGAUCGGAAUGUGCUACAGUUGGGCUCGGUGAAGGCGGGACUCGAUUCGUUGAGCCGUGCCGGCAUUCAGACAGUGCUGUCCGACCAGGUACGAGUGGAACCAACAAAUGAAAGCCUGCAGAUAGUGAUCGAUUUCGCACGAUCACACCAGUUCGAUGCAUUCGUAGCAAUCGGUGGCGGAUCCGUGAUAGAUACCUGCAAGGUAGCUAACCUGUACAGUGCCGAUCGUGAUGCAGAUUUUCUCGACUAUGUGAACGCCCCGAUCGGAAAGGCUAAGGAGGUAACCGUACCGCUGAAACCGCUCAUCGCGAUACCGACCACCGCCGGGACAGGUUCGGAAACGACCGGUGUAGCGAUCUUCGACCAUAAACCGCUGCACGCAAAGACGGGAAUUUCCAGCAAAGCACUUCGCCCUAUUCUAGGGCUAGUCGAUCCACUGCACACGCUUUCGCAGCCGGAAAAGGUGGCCGCCUACUGCGGGUUUGAUGUGUUCUGUCAUGCGCUGGAAAGUUUCACCGCCAUUCCGUACACGGAGCGGGGUCCGGCACCAACUAACCCGAAACUAAGACCACCCUACCAGGGCAGCAAUCCCAUCUCGGACGUAUGGGCUCGGUUUGCGCUGCAGACCAUCAGUAAACACUUCCGCCGUGCCGUGUUUCAUGCGGAUGAUCUUGGGCCACGGUCGCAGAUGCAUUUGGCAUCAACCAUGGCGGGCGUUGGGUUUGGCAAUGCGGGUGUACAUUUGUGCCAUGGUUUAUCCUACCCGAUUGCAGGUUUGGUGAAGGAAUUCAUCCCGCAAGGUUACACUGGUAGCCAUCCAAUCAUACCACACGGCCUGUCAGUAGUGAUGACGGCUCCGGCCGUAUUUCGAUUUACGGGUGCAAGCUGUCCAGAUAGGCACUUGGAGGCGGCCAGCAUACUUGGAGCAGAUAUAUCAAAGAGUCAUCGUAAGGAUGCAGGAGCCAUUCUUGCCGACAUCGUACGCCGGUACAUGCACGAACUAAACAUCGAAAAUGGUCUCUCAGCACUCGGUUUCGAUUACUCCGAUAUUCCAGCGCUUGUCAAAGGAACGCUCCCGCAGCAACGUAUUACAAAACUAGCUCCCCGCGGCCAAUCGGAGGAGGAUCUUGCCGGUCUGUUCGAACAGUCGCUUACCGUAUACUAG